GCGGCCCUGUGCGGGGGAGGCAGCGGCGGCGGCAGCGACGAGCGGAGCGCGGCCCGUUCCCCGCAUCGGCACCGCGGCCCGGCCGCGCUUCCGCCGCCCCACCGCACACCCGCUUCGACCCGCCCCGGCGUCGCAGACCCUCCCCUUCCCUCCUUUCUUCCCCCCACCUUCGCUCUCGCAGUCAGCAGGAGGGACAAAAUGAAAGCAGGCUGCAGCAUUAUGGAUAAAGCAGAAGGAGGAGGAGGUUAUCAUUUCCCAGAGUGGGCUUAUAAAACAGAGUCUAGCCCUGGCUCCAGACAGAUCCAGCUAUGGCAUUUCAUCCUGGAGCUGCUGCAGAAGGAAGAGUUUCGUCACGUCAUCGCUUGGCAACAAGGAGAAUAUGGAGAGUUUGUCAUCAAAGACCCAGAUGAAGUGGCCAGAUUGUGGGGCAGGAGGAAAUGUAAACCCCAAAUGAACUAUGACAAGCUGAGCAGAGCUCUGAGAUAUUAUUACAACAAGAGGAUCCUCCACAAGACAAAAGGCAAAAGGUUUACUUACAAGUUCAACUUCAACAAGCUGGUGAUGCCCAACUAUCCCUUCAUCAACAUUCGGCCCAACGGUGUUGUGCCCCAGAGCGCUCCCCCCGUCCCCACGGCCUCGUCCCGUUUCCACUUCCCUCCUCUGGACAGCCACUCUCCCACCGAAGACGCUCAAUCCAGUCGCUUCUCCGGCGCUUCCCUCAUCCCAUCCAACGCAGAGCCUUUGUCUGAUGGCUCUGAGAGGAAAGCUGAGGUGCCAGAGCUGGAGGAUGGCUCCUCGGAGUGGCGCCGAGGGGUUGAUGUGCUGGGCACCCGCCCGGCCGUGGGCUCCGGCGCCGCCGCCGCUGCCCAGAAGCGCAAACCCGACGUCGUGCUGCCUCUGUUCAGCAGACCAGGGAUGUACCCGGAUCCUCACAGUCCCUUCGCUGUGUCCCCUCUGCCAGGUCGUGGUGGAGUCCUCAAUGUCCCUAUUUCACCUGCUUUAUCCCUCACUCCCACCCUUUUCUCCUACAGCCCUUCCCCCGGGCUCAGCCCUUUCACGGGCAGCAGCUGUUUCUCUUUUAACCCCGAGGAAAUGAAACACUACCUGCACUCCCAGGCUUGUUCUGUAUUCAACUAUCACCUGAGUCCGAGGACUUUCCCUCGUUACCCGCUCAUGGUGCCACCACUACAGUGCCAAAUGCCCCUGGAGGAACAGCCCCAGUUCCCCAUCAAGCUGCAGCCUCCUCCAGCCGGCAGGAAAAACAGGGAGAGACUGGAAAGCGCCGAGGAAGCGGCAGCCCCUCAGCUGGCAACUCCUCCAGCCAGGGUUAAGCUUGAGCCCACCAUGGACAAGGAGAAGGAAGCUGAAGAGCCACCAGCUGCAAAAGGCAAAGACAAAAGCGAGAAGGAAGAAGGUUCCAGACUGGCUGAGGAGAAGGGGCCUGUGUUUGCCAGACCAGCUGCCCCGGCGUGGCACCCGGCCCCGGCGGCACCGGGCCAAAGCUCUUCCGCAACCGAAGAACUCCCAGAACAAGGAGAAAGCAGCGGGGAAAAACCCUCCAGAGAGUCAAGUGCUGAAAUGGGAGCUCAGGAGAAGAGAGAAGACGCCCUGAUGCCCCCCAAGCUGCGUCUCAAACGCCGUUGGAACGGUGACCGGCAGCCGGACGGCCCCGAGGAGAGGCCCAACGGCCGCCUCCACUGCAACGGGGCUCUGGGCAGCCCCCCAUGCCUGGUGGCCAGUCCUAAAGCUGUGGUGGCUACCGUUGCCUCUGACACCUGAAUCCCCCUCCCUGCAGCCCCUUUGUGUGAGGAGGGGAGGGGGCUGAAAAACCCACCCAUCUGUGUAUUUAUGUAGCAAGGUUG